AUGAUUUUUAAAUUUCCAGCAAUGGAACGCAUUUUUAUCACUUGCCAUGGUGGCAACUCUCAGACAGGUUGUAGCCUAAAGCUUUCAGGGGCGAUGUGGAUUGAUGUAAUUGGCAGACGUAGUGCUCUGCAAAUUCAAACGAGAGCCAAUUAACAGCAUCAGAAUAGCAUCUCUUUAAUAAUCGGCCUUUAAAUGGCAGGAGGCAUCGUGCACAUCAAAAACCGACAAAGAAACAAAUAUUUGCUGCUAACGUAUUCUAGCUUUCUAGAGAAAAUAUUCAGAUGUAACCCUAUUUGUAAUCGAUAACAUUUACUAACUGUAAUUUAAUUACACAGUUUUUUCUCAGUAACUGUUACAGAUUACAGUUACAUUUAUUUUGUAAUUAAAUUACGUAACGCUACGUUACUCCCCAACACUGAUUAUCAUUGACAUAGUGAAGCCACAUGUCUAAAUUAGGCCUAUUCAGUACAUUAGAGGGAAAUAGACACCAUUAUUCAGUGCAUGCAGGUCAAUCUGUAGCUAUAUUGGUUAUGAGAGUGCUCCACGGUGGCUUACCAGUUCACUGAAAACUGUCUGCCCUAUUUUUCAGCCCAAAAUUAUGACCACUUCUCUUUAGGGCCAUUUUGGAGCAAUAAAGGGAAAAAGAUUCCUUUAUGAUUUCAUACUAUUACUAAUUAAUUGAGAGUAUGUGCACGUAACCUUUCCCCAAACAAUGCUUUGAUAGUUAUAUUUUCAAAGCAAUUACUACUCUCAUGUCUCUUUCAUGAGAAACACAUGAUCUUGUAGUAUGAAACAGUGUGCAUUGUGUCUAAGGGGACAUUUAAAAGAUUGAAAAACAGCCUAAAAGCGAGAAGCAUUUAUAAUCAGAGCUUCUGGAACGGUCAGAGGAUGUUAUGAGAUGUAAUUAUCCAAAGCUUUGGCUUCUUCGAUGGAAAACAUUCAUUUUUAAUUGCAAUGCUAAAUGGUUGUAGUUUAGAUGCAGGUUUAAAUGAUGCAUUCUCAUGCAAGAUAGAUACCUCAUAACAUGUAAAAGUUCCCUUGCUGGUGAUCCUUAUGUGAGAGGCUUUAACUGUCUGUUUGAUUUUUAUAUUGUUUGAAAUAAGGGGUGUAUUGCAACCCAUUUCAUGUUGGUAGGGAAAGUCAGUCAAUGAAUUAGUAUAACAAGCGGUUAAAUUGUCAUUAUAUAAAAACAUACAAUUAAAAUAUCUCCUUUUUUUUUUUUCCUUUAUCUGAUUUUAUAUUGUUAUGGCUAUUUUAUUGUCUUUGUUUUACAGCUCCUAUCUGCUCUAAUUAUUUGGUGAUUUUUACAUAGGCAUAAAACAUUUAAACAGAUACGGUUAAAGUCAGUCUAUGUAUCUGAUUUAAAUUACACAUUUGUGAUCCAAAUCUAACAGACCUGUGGAAUGCCUGCCUUUUGCUUUCCUCCAUUAUUGAUUUCGAUUGGCAAAGCAAGACUUGUGCCAAGGGAGCAUGGGGUUUCCAUGGUUAUGGCAUGUUUGGAGAAGUCUUUCUGAAAGCAGGUUUUGUGUGUGUGUGUGUGUGUGUGUGAGUGUGCGUAUGAGAGACAGAGAAAGAGACGAUCGAUGCACCACAGGGUUCCUAUCAGCUAGAAUCAGGAGAGGUCUUGCACAGAGGAGGUGUUGGGAAAUUGGGAUGGAACAAAGGACCUGAAGUGCAUGUGGCCAUGCUGUUCUCUCCGUUCUUGUGUGCUCUGGGGCUCUCCCUCCUGCCACUCCUCCUGUUUCAGUGCCCCGCCCACGCCUGCCCUGCCCGCUGCGAGUGCUCUGUGCCCACGCGUUCUGUGUCAUGCCAUCGCAGGAAGUUAGCGCAGGUGCCUGAGGGCAUCCCUAUAGAGACGAGGGCAUUGGACCUCAGUAAAAACCGGCUGCGCAUUGUGACUCCACAGAACUUCUCCUCGCUGCUAUUGCUGGAGGAGCUGGAUCUCAGCAACAACCUGCUGUCAUCUGUUGAACCCGGCAGCUUUCGCGCCCAGCCGCGGCUGCGCUCCCUCCGGCUGCGCAGCAAUCAGCUGACUCUCCUGCCGCGUGGGGCACUGGCUGGCCUCAGUGAGCUCACUCUGCUGGAUGUCAGCCAAAACCGUCUUGUUAUUCUGCUGGACUACGGCUUUGAGGAGCAGCGGAGGCUGCGGGUACUAGAGCUGAGUGAUAAUGAGCUAGUGUUUAUUGCCCCACGGGCGUUCAGUGGCCUGGCGUCCCUGCGCUCUCUGACGCUGCAGCGCUGCAACCUGAGCACAGUGCCCACACAUGCUCUCGCACAUCUGCACGGCCUGACCAUCUUGCGGUUGCGCGACUUGGGCAUCGCGGAGCUUCAAGCACACGCCUUUAAGGGUCUGCCGCGACUAAAACACCUGGAAGUGGACCGCUGGCCUUUGUUAGAGGGGUUUCCGACCUCCACUUUGCAGGGGCUGAACCUCAGCACACUGUCCAUUACCCACACCAACUUGACGUCCGUGCCAGCUGUGACGCAUCUGUUGUAUCUAACACAUCUCAACCUGUCUUACAGCCGUAUACGGGUCCUGCCAGCAGGGUGGUUGCGGGGAAUGGACCGACUGGAAGUUGUACGUGUGCGACAGGCUAACCUGCUCAGUGUGGAACCUCAAGCCUUUCAAGGAGCCUCCUCGCUGCGUAUUCUUGACCUUUGUUACAACCGUCUCUCCACGCUUGAGAGGAGCGUUUUCCCUGCUUCCGAGGCCCUGCAGAAUCUUCUGAUUGGUCAGAACCCGCUAGUGUGCGACUGCCGUCUACGCUGGCUCCUGGAGAGGACUCCACCUUUGCUGUACGGGGAUGUUCAACCUGAAUGUAGUGCUCCUGCCCCCUUGGCUGGGAAGCCUCUUAGGGACCUGGCAGAAAAUCAAAAUCAAAUCUCUCGCUAUGUUAUCUGCACCAAACCCAGGGUCAUCUCCAUGGCAACUUACCCGGCACAGGCGGAAGAAGGGCAGAGAGCUUGGCUAUAUUGCAGUGCGGACGGGGCUCCACCGCCCUCUGUGUCAUGGCUGACACCGCACAGGCGGCACAUUACCACAAAGAGUACGGGAAGAGUGGUGGUCCACACCAAUGGCUCACUGGAGUUCCGCAUGGCAGAGCCUCAGGAUAGCGGCAUGUAUGUGUGUGUGGCAUCGAACCCAGCGGGCAAUGCUACUCUGUCUGUAAUGCUCGCUGUUAAAAGCUCGGGAAUCAGGGACAGAGCCCUUUACGCCAACCGCAGCUUUCUUUUUGACCCCGACUACAACAGCUCCUUGAUUAAUGGCACAGAGGAAUACACCAUCAGGGUAGUGCUGGACUUCACCACCAUCCUGGUCUCCACAGCAAUGGGCUGCCUCAGCUUCCUAGGCGUCGUUUUGUUCUGUUUCUUGUUGUUGUUUGCAUGGAGCCGCGGCAAAGGGAAGCACAGAGGAAGCGUGGACAUUCAAUAUGUCCCACGAAAGAGGAAAGGUGCAAACUCAGAACUUACAGAAACAAGCGGGCCCAGACGAGUCAACAUGAAGAUGAUCUGAACUUCUUAACUAGCCGAGGAUUUCACGGGUUGCAUGGUUACGUGUGUGUCUGUUGGACUUUGUGAGUCUUUGGGUAUAUGUGCUGCAAAAGAUGCAAAGGAUGUAUUAAAUCAUGAGAGUUUACAUGUGGUAUCCCAAUGAAAAGAAAGCAAAAGAAAAACACCAAACCAUAUAAUGCGCGUCUUCUGCGAUGCUUUGUCUGUGGAAAGCAUUAUUUGGACAGUGCAGACGUGAUUUAGUUCAAGUUGUUGUAUAUAUUUCAUAUUGUGGGAAAGAAUGGUAUAUUUCUAUAUAUAUGAAUAUAUCUAUUUACAGAUACAUUACAAUUACCUUUCAAAACGCUGCAAAAACUCAAGUUGUCUUCCCCAAUAAGCAAAGUAUCUACUGGAAAAAGCCUCGGCAGUGCUGUGUUGUGAAGUGUUUGGUUUUGCUCAGAAUUCCUGUUCUCCUGGGACAUCCUCUUCUUAGCAGAACCUCCGGGGGAACCGGAGAGUUUUCUGCCAUUUUGUUGUAAAGAUGUUAAAAUGCAAGAAGCCGCUUGACAUGGUGGGUUCCAGGGGCUGUAUUUGUGACUCAGUGGAAGUCUGUGGAACUGUGUGAAAAUGUUCUUUUCUUUUCUUAUGUUCUGUCAAAUGCUGCUCAAAUGUUUUUACAUUCUAAAUAUCUUGUUAUAUUUUCCAAAGAAAAUAAAUAUAAAUCGUACAGCUUGAAAAGUG